AUUUAUUUUUAAAAUUCAAAAAAAACUUUAUGCUAUUUAAACGUCUAUUACGUGAUUGUCAACAGUUUUACCGUUAUCAUUCAUUAAGACCUACCAGAGCUAUGUCUACUACUACUACUACUACUACAUCAUCACCACUGGCCAACACUUACCGACAAAUUCAAGUGUUCAACUAUUCGACUAAUUUUACCGAAGCUACAAAAAUUGUCGACAAACCACUCAUAGAUCCCGGAGCCGAUGAAAUACUGGUGAAAAAUCUUUAUGUGGGUAUCAAUGCUACCGAUUUGAACAUAACUGCCGGCAGAUAUUUCAAACACGACGAUCCACCCUAUAGUCUGGGCAUUGAAGCAUUGGGACAGGUAGUCAAAGUGGGCAAUGAUGUCAGUGAUUCAUACAAUGUCGGCCAAUAUCUGGUCGUCAAAUGCAGUAAAAUGCGGGCCUAUUCUGAAUAUUUGUAUGUAACUAAAAAUGAUGGCCUAUCGGUAGUACCGGAGCCGAAACCCGAGUACGUGGCACUGUUAGGUACCAGUGGACUGACCGCUGCCAUUGGUCUAAUGGAAUCGGCUCGCCUACAGCCGGGUGAAACAGUUUUGGUGACGGCCGCAGCCGGCGGUGUCGGCCAUAUAGUCGUUCAGUGGGCACUACUCAACCGGUGUCGGGUUGUGGGUCUGACGUCGACACCGGAGAAACAGGAGUUUCUCAAUCGGUUAGGUUGUCAUCGGGUUAUAAACUAUAAGUUAGAAAACUUGGAUCAAGUAUUGAAAAAGGAAUAUCCAACUGGUAUUGACGUGAUUUGGGAGACCAUCGGUAGUCCCGUAUUCGAGCAACUAUUUGAACACUUGGCCCGUAAGGGCCGACUAAUCAAUGUGGGCGCCACUGCCGGCUACAAGACAGUGGGCUACGCCCCUAUCAAUAUCGACGACUUUAUUGUUAAGCUUCAUUACGGGGCCCGAACUGUUGUCGGCUUUCUGGUCAUGGAUUACAAAGACAAGUAUCCCAUAUAUAGCAAACAAUUGUCCGAUUAUUAUCGGGACAAUCGUUUGACAAUCAAAGUAGACUUUGGUGUCGGCAGUGUUGUUGGCCAUGGAUUGGAGGCCAUCGCUGAUGGUAUUCAGUAUCUUCAUAGUGGCGCUAAUUUGGGAAAAGUUAUUGUAAAACUUUAA